AUGGCAUCUCAACCGGAAACAAAAUCCGAGGCCGAAGCACUGGUGCCUCAAUUCCGACUUGAAAAGGUGCUCAAUCAAGAUCAAAAUGGCCGCCGCAUUUCCCUCUUGGGCACCAUCGCCUCUCAACCCGCCCUCAUCACACUGGAACGAGCAGCUUUUCCCAGCGAACCAGCCCUCGUCUCAUCUCUCCUCGACUCUCUGACCAAUACCAGCAACUUGGGCGCCAACGAUAUCUACCGCUGGUACAUGGCGAACCGGUCCAUCAAGCCGUCCUUCACGACCACGACCACCAGCACCCCACCAACAACACCAAAUCCAGAAAUCCCCGACCUAAAACUCAACCUCAUCUACCCAUGUACCCCUCAACAUAUCCGCAAAUACUCCGCCCAGCGCGUGCGCAUGGUCACCGAGACCCCUGCCAUCUACUCCGCCCAUAUCCGUCCGUACAUGACUAGUCAACGCGCUCUGGGCCGUCUCGACUGGGUCUACAACAUCCUCAACGGGAUCACCGAGCAAGAAGACAUUAUCGCCCGCAUUGAGUGGGAUGACUCGGCCUCUCCCUCCCCCUCCAGUACUGGUUUCUUGCUCCUGCCCGAUCUAAACUGGGAUCGCAAAAGCGUGCAAGGCAUGCACUUACUCGCCCUGGUUCAACGGCGCGAUAUCUGGUCUUUACGCGACUUGCGCCGCAAACAUGUCCCCUGGCUAAAACACGUCCGUGACCAGAUCGUCAACGCGGUUGUGACGAAGGUAUUCCCUGGAGAAAUGGAGGCUGAUGAAAUCAAGUGCUACGUACAUUAUCAACCGACCUAUUAUCAUUUUCAUAUCCAUGUGGUACAUGUGAUGUUGGAGGCCGGGACGACGCAGAGUGUAGGCAAGGCGUUUGGGUUGGCGAAUGUCAUUGCGCAGCUCGAAAGUUUAUGGAGUGGCACGUCCGAGGAUAGGGAGGAAGCCGGAAUGCAUCAGGUGGAUCUGACGUAUUUUCUGGGCGAGGAAAGUGAGUUGUGGAAGAAGUGUUUUGGAAAGUUGAAGAUGGGUCAAGAGGUGGAUUUGAACAAGCCCGAACAUAACUUCGCACAGAAAGAUAAUAGGUGGUAG